GUCACAUCGACAGUUCUUAUCAGUAUUGUCGGUACUUUCACAGCCGCGGGGUAUAUUUCGAAUCCGUUUACUUUCCUCGCGAAUUACCAUGGAGCCCAAGAUUACUCUGCGUAAAGACCCAGCAUUCCAAAAGCUACAAGAGCAUUACAAUGCCAACGGAGAGAAGCUUAACAUUCCGCAAUUGUUUCAACAAGAUGCCGGUAGAUUUAACAAGUUCAGCCUACGUGUCCCAACACCCAAUGAUGGUGAGAUCCUACUGGACUACUCCAAGAACCGCAUAGAUGACGCCACCUUCGCAAUGCUGCUUGACCUGGCCAAGAGCCGUGGAGUGGAGAAGGCUAGAGAUGCUAUGUUCAGUGGCGAGAAGAUCAACUUCACCGAAGACCGGGCCGUGCUGCACAUCGCGCUCCGCAACAGACAGAACAGGCCCAUCCUGGUGAACGGCAAGGACGUGACUCCCGAUGUCAACGCCGUGCUCGCGCAUAUGAAGGAGUUCUCUAACGAAGUCAUCAGCGGCCAGUGGAAGGGGUACACAGGCAAGGAGAUUACUGACGUCAUCAACAUCGGCAUCGGCGGCUCCGACCUCGGUCCCCUGAUGGUGACAGAGGCACUCAAACCUUAUGCCACUCGUCUUAAGGUCCAUUUCGUGUCCAACAUAGACGGGACCCACCUGGCCGAGGUCCUCAAGCGACUGAACCCUGAGACGGCGCUGUUCAUCAUCGCUUCUAAGACCUUCACGACCCAGGAGACCAUCACCAAUGCCACUUCAGCCAAGAACUGGUUCCUGGAGAAUGCUAAGGACGUAAGACAAAGCCCACAAUAUCUCUCUUACUCUCUCUCGCUUCUAAGACCUUCACGACCCAGGAGACCAUCACCAACGCCACUUCAGCCAAGAACUGGUUCCUGGAGAAUGCUAAGGACGUAA